AUGUUUCCUUCACGUUUCCUUCAUGUUUCCUUCAUGUUUCCUUCACGUUUCCUUUAUGGUCCAUUUGCCAAAAUAACCUAUUCAUCAGACGGUGCUGAAGUGGGGCCAGUUCCCUAUUGGUCCGGGAUAAUAAAUGGUAAAGGAAGACAUGCCAGUGUUCCUUAUGUUAAUUCAGAGUUGAGUGUUUUUGAAGUCUCUCCUGGUAGUGUGUAUCGUUUUAGGUUGAUUGGUGCACAGAGUUUGUAUGCUUAUCGUUUCUCCAUUGACAGACACAAACUAACCGUGAUAGCAACAGACGGGCAAUAUAUAAGACCAGUGGAAGUCGAUUUCAUUUUAAUACAUUCUGGAGAGCGAUAUGACUUUCUUCUUCAAACAGAAAACAACACGUCACAAUUUAAUUAUUUAAUCCGUGCAGUGACACUGGAGGUAAACGAUGAAGAGAAUAAAAAUAUUACAGAAGCUAUACUGCACUACAAUACAGACUCAUCUACUUAUCCUACAGCUACUGAAUAUGAGAGCAUUGCUCGAAGUUCUCAGAGUGACCAUGUUAGAUGCACCGAAGCCUCCAACUGUACAGCCCUCAACUGUCCUUUCCUGGUCUAUCCUCAGUCGCAUCACAUCAGUUGUGAACAUAUUCAUAAUCUUAGGCUACUCUUUCCUGUAUCUGAUAGUGAUCUACCUACUAAUGGAGCAAAAGGUCGUACUAGCUUAUUCUUCAAUUUCGGUUUUGAAGGAAUUAGUCAGACCAGUGCCAUUAAUGCUCGUAACUUGAAACUUCCCUCAUCUCCACCUGCUUUGUAUGAGACGCCAGAAAACCUUUACGAAGAAACCUGCAAGAACCUCGAUACUGAUUGGCAGUGCAAUCAGAUUGCGUCUAUUCCCGAUUCCAAUUGCUAUUGUUCUCAUGUUGUUAACGUAAGCAGUGAUCAUACCAUACAGCUAGUAAUAUCAGCUACUGGACCAAACACUACACAACUAGGCAACUUCCUAUUCGCACAUCCAGUACAUUUACAUGGACAUUAUUUUCAAGUAGCUGAUAUCCAAUUUGGUCGCACCGAUAGUAUGACAGGAAGACUAGAGGAAGGGAGCAGUGACGUUCAAUGUGGUGGAGACCUACUGUGUACUAACCCAUCUUGGAGUACAAAUACAUAUGAUAGCUUUGAUCUCGAUUCUUCUGCCCCAUUAAAGGAUACUCUGUUAAUACCAGCUGGUGGGUAUGCUGUUGUGUAUUUUAAAAGUGAUAAUCCUGGUUGGUGGUUCCUGCACUGUCAUAUUGAGGUACAUCAAUUGGAGGGAAUGGGACUCAUCAUUAAUGAAGGAGGGAAAAAGACACCUGCUCCUUACACGAUGCAGAAAUGCGGAAACUUUGAUUUUACAGUGGACGAGUAUAAAAAAGCAAUAGAGGGGAAGCUGAAUCCUAGUGAUGUUGAUGGCUAUAAAAUUGCCACUAUUGUUUUAGGAUCAGUUUUAGGAACUAUUUUAGUAAUUGUUUUACUAGUUUUAUUCAUUCUAUUCUGUAUUCGCUGCAUUCACUACAUUAAAAAGCAUAGAGCUGAGUUCUUUCAGACUUAGUUAUUGAUAAGACUUUACAUUUUGCUGCUUUUAAAAUUUA